AUGGACAAGUACAGCCUUUCGAGCCUUGAUGUCGCGUGCCAGAACGCGCUGCAAGUUCUUGUGAAGCCGAGAUACUACCACCUCAUCGAACCGUGGCUGAUGAAUGCAAAGGAGCAGUACAAAAGGUCGCUGAUCAUGGCGGCGAACUACGUCGAAGGGAAGAGCUGGGGAACGCUUCUGCCAGCUGUUCAAAAAAACCAAGCUUAUGCCUUUCUGCUUCAUCCGGUCGCGUUAGCAAAAAUUGAAGACUGGCAAGUUACUGAGGGAACGGCCGAAGAGAAAACUGUGCUGGCUGGAGCUCUCAGAAGCCUUAUGGUUUUGCGGGAAACGCUUCCCGGGUACGACGAAAAGUCGAUUCCUUCGGGACUCGAACCAACCGAUCGUCUGUACCUCGACUCCUACUGCAGACGGAUUCGAGCUGGAGCCAGCUCGGGAGAUCUGCCCGAACUUUCUGGAAGAGAGACGCUAACCGGAAAAGCUAACCGGGUGGUCAGACGCCAUACUCCUCAUUCCCACUACCUGGAGAGUCACCUAUAUUUUCCGUUUUCCACUGUCGACUUUACAACGACAAAUGAACGGAUGAUGAGGCCGCCUCCUGCUGACCAUGGCCGGCUCGAUUCCCCCGCGAAAGACACGGACACAGAGAGGCUUAAGUCCAGUCUUAUUAGUCCAAUUAUUCUCUCGGAGAAGUUGGCGAUGCAGUAGAACACAGGAACAGAAACACUGUAUCGGAACAGUUCAUUCAUGAGAUGCUGGCUGUGGAGUUGACCCUAGCAAGCAGUGCUGGUUGGUGCUUCAGCUUCCGGUCUUGAGGGUUCUCAGUGGGCA